AUGAGUUUUCCAUUCCUUAUCAAAAGAUAUUCUAAAAUUUUAAAUUGGAAACAUGAUACCUAUUAUGCAAGUUUGAUGAACAAAUAUGUAUAUUUUGAAGAAUUUAUGAGAUUUUGUAAUGACAACAAAGAAAGAUUCAGUAAAAGAGAUAUUAUAGCUUCAUUAACAUAUAUUAAUCAUAUGAAAAAAGUUGACUUAUUGUCUCCAACGUUUAAUAGUUAUAAUGAUUUCAUAUUCAACAAUAUAAACAUUUUUAGAUCAAAUAUAAGCACACUUGUACACAGAUAUGCAAUUUUGGGGCACACUAAAUCUCUAUUAUUUAUUUACGAAAAUGUCUUAAAAAACAACAUUUUAAAUUAUGAUAAUAAGACAAUUAGUUUAAUAGCUUGGAGUUAUGCGAAAAACAAUUUUUAUUUAUCAGAUCUUUUUAUGGAAAUAAAUAAGAUAUUACGUGAUUGUAUUAGAACAAUGACUCUUCAUGAAUUAUCAUUAAUAUCAUGGGCUUAUUCUAAGAUAAACAGGUUGCCUCCUUUAGAAUUAGUAUGCGUGAAAAAUAGAGUAUAUCAUUUAUUAAAUUCAUUAGACGAAGAAUCAAAUAAUGUAAUAAAAAAUGGCAUAAUAAAAGAGCAUAAGGAUCAAAUAAAAAUGGACUUAAACGAAAAUAGUACUCAAUAUGAAAAGCAAAAAAAUAAUGAAAAUAAUUUUCAAAUUAAAAAUACGAGCUCAUAUUACAAUGCCUAUAAAAAAUUUAACGAAAGUAAAGAAUUGCAAUCGCAAAAGCAAAGACUAGAAAAUAUUUGUGAAGAAAAUUAUGAGAAUAAAAUAGAUUUAUAUGGAUGCAAAAAGAACUUAAGUCAAGAUAUAUGUAUGAUUAUGAAAUCAUACGCUAUUAUGAACAAAACAGACCCUUUUUUUUUUUUAUUUUUAUUUAAUUUUAUGAUAAAAAAUAUAAGAAAUAAUAAAAUUAUGAUAACUGCUCAAGGAAUAACUAGUAUAUGGGUAUGUCUAAGAGAAUAUGAAAUAAAAAAUAAAAAAAUAAUUGAAUAUACAUUAGAAUUAUCAAGAUUUUUAAGGCUUGAUCAUACCGUAAAUAGUUCAAUGAUGCAUGAAAUUACUACUAGUAUAUAUAAGUUAAAAAUAAAAGAUAGAAGAAUUUUAUAUCAUUUAUUUUAUCACUUAAAAAGAAAGUGUGUUAAUAUGCAUAUGCAGCAUUUAUAUGAUAUUAUAAUAUAUUUGCAAGAAAUGAAAAUUCAUGACGAUGAUUUAUGGAAGCAAUUUGGAGUAGCUAUACAAAAAAAGGCUAUUGACUUGGAGUUAUCACAAAUAAAAAAUUUACAUAAUAUAUUUACAAUAAAUGGGAAAGGAAAUGAUAGAAUUUUAGGAGUUCUUGACACUUUUAUACAAAUAAAAGAAGAUGUUAAUUCUUAUGGUCCAAUUUGA